AUGCAGAGCCAAUGCCAAUGCACACAAUCAAACAACAAGAAGAACGACAAGAAGAACGACAAGAAGAACGACAAGAACCACGAUAGGAACAACGACAAGAAUGCACCCGAAUCCACCCAACACGCUUCUCUGGAGCACUUCUUCAACGGGAACGAGAAGCGACUGGCCUGCCUCAACUCGACGCCUUACAAUUCGGGUUUCCGCCAACGCGUUUCUCCCAAUACAACGGGCGAGCUGGUGCGGCCUCCGCCCACCGACCCUCCCCAACAAGCCUUGUCCUCUGCCAAAGUCGCAAAGAUAAGGGAGAGGUGGCUCAACAGGCCUUGA